AUGCAGCCGGCAGGGAUACGUCGCAUACGCUCCAGCUCCACUGAGCAGCGGCGUUCGAGCAGCAGCGGCGGCGUCGCCGGGGCCUCGACGCAGCAGCGGGGGUUGUACGACGUUGACGACAUAACCACCCUGGACAGGCACCGCCGCCUCUCCGUCUUGGAGGCGGAGCUGCGACGCUGGAAAGAGAAAGCCGCUGUGAGCGCGCGGGACGCCAGCCACCGUGAGCAGGAGCUUCACCGCGUCAAGUACGAGCACGCCACGGCGCGGCAGCAGCUCGAGAGCGUCAUCCGUGACUUGUUAGAGAAGCAGAAAAGCCUUUCCGAGGAGCUGCGGCAGAGCCGCCGUGAGGCGCAGCUGCUUCGUGAGGAGGCGGCGGAAAAUCAUUCGUUGCUGGCAGUCGCGCAAGAGGCGCAGCAUCUGCAGCUGCAGCGGGAGUUGGAGGCAAGUCAAAGUCGUGAGGCGGAAGCCGCAGAGGAGCUCUCCGUCGUGCUGGAAAAGCUGUCCAAGGCAGACUCGUAUAUCAAGACCCUCUCCGAUGAGGCCGUGGAGUAUCAGCUGGAGAUUGAGCGGCUGCAACGGCAGCUUGACACUGCCGCAGAGGAGAUAAACCAGAAGCAGGGAGCGAGAGAGGUGGAGCGCAACUUGCGGACGUCUGCGGAGGCGGCGCGCAGGCAAAAAGGUGUCCGGGAAUUAUGGACAGAGCUGGCGACCGCGGCGCUUGAGUGCGCCGACAGCUGUGACGCCGUGAGUCGUGAGUGCGACGAGCUCAUCGACGUCAUCAAGGAGGAGCAGCAGCGUGCUGGCCAGAGGCAAAAUAGUAUUGUCGGCGCCGGCGCCGGCGGAACCGACACUGUCGCGGUGGAAAUGGCGGGGAAGAAGGACCCUCCGCAGGGGCGUGUCACAUUCAUGUCGUGCAAACCCACAGGGACGGAGCUUGAGCGCCUCCUGCACGCGUCACUCGCCCCGCAGCCGCACGGAGACCGCGCUGGCGACGGCAACGGCGAUUCCGCCGUUUGGGAGGGCACGAGCCGUGUGAUUGCCCGGCUGCUGCGCGGCAUGCAGAUGGCGUUGCGUGAGGCCAAAGACGACGUCCUCGUCGCGGGCCGUGCCUACGCGGAGUUGUGUCGCGCGGGCCGCGGCGUGGCGGAGGAGGCAGCGGAGCUGCAGGCUGUUUGCGGCGAGGCGCGUUCCACGGCCGCUGCGCUGGCGGAGCAGCUCGCACGCGCGCAGCAGGACCUCCGCACCGAGACGAAGCGCGCGGAUCACCUGCAGGCGUCACUGGACGAAACCUCCAACAUCAUGGCGGAGGCCGCGGCGCUCGCGGAGGAGCGCACCUCCCGCAUGGACAAGCUGCUUCGCGAGAAUGCAGCCUUGGAGGAGGCGCUGCAGGCACAGCGAGCGUCCCUGCGGGACCGCGAUGACGCCGUCGCCGCGGCGGAGCGGAAUCUACGGGCGUUGCAGGACACGAUGCGGCGCGAGCAGACGGAGUGGUACUCGAUGCGUGAGGAGCUGCAGCGCACCAGGCGGGAGGCCAAGGCGGCGCAGGAGGACCGUGACGCGGCGAGGUCUGAACUGCGCGAAGCGGAGCGCAGCCUGCAGAGGCUGAAGGAGGCGGCGCAGCAGAGCGAUGUCGACUGCCGGUACCUGCGCAAGUGCAUCGAGGAACUGCAGCGGCAACUGGCACAGACGCAGGAGGACCGAGACGCCCUACGUGAGGCGGUGGAGUCGGUGGAGCGGGAGAAGCGACAACUGCUGGUCCAAGUAGACCGCUUGCAGCGGGACGGCGGUGGCGCCGCCACCGCCGCUGGAGUUGGAGGUGGCCUCUACGCCACCGUGCCCGCUUCCUCGCCGCCGCAGCAGCGGAAUGGGGGGCAGCGCGAGGAGGCGGAACUGGCGGCGCCCAGUGUGAAGCCUCGCGACGUUGCGUCGCCGCGGCAGCCUUCGCAGGGGCCAGGGCCGAUGGAUAGAGUGCGAUGGUGGGAGGAGAAGCUGCAGGCGAUUACGUCUUCCGUGUCGGCAUCUACGCCGCUCGUCAGCACUCCGCCGGUCUCUCGAAACGAAGAAAAGUUCGGCUUGACCGAAGAUUUGCAUCUACUCGCCACGAACGGUGCGACUCUCGCCUCGUUGGCGUACGGAGCCUCGCCGCCGGCGGAGAAACACGAUGGCAACCGCGUCGGCAUGUAG